AUGUACACUAAUUAUUCAUCAGUUUCUGAAUACAUAAUCCUAGGCUUGUCCACUAGGCCAGAACUUGAAAAAUUCAUAUUUAUAACAUUUCUAAUCAUUUAUAUAGUUGCUAUAAUUGGAAACUUAAUGAUUUUAAUCUUGACCAAUAUUGAUCCUGGUCUUAAUACACCUAUGUAUUUUUUCCUUGGUUUCUUGUCAUUUCUUGACAUUUGUUCCACAUCGGCUACAUUACCCAAGAUGUUGACUGAUUAUGUGUCGAAGACCAAGACAAUCUCAUUUUAUGGCUGUGCUGCACAGCUAUUUUUCUUCACUUGGCUUACGAGUACUGAGCUUUUAUUGCUUGCAGUGAUGGCUUAUGACCGCUACGUUGCAAUUGUAAACCCACUUCGGUAUGUUGCAAUUAUUAAUCGGAAAGUCUGCAUAUGUGUGACAACUGCCAUUUCAAUUACUGGCUCUGUUAAUUCUACAACACAUACAUCUUUUACCUUCAGACUCCCUUACUGUGAUGAUAAUAAAAUAAAUCACUUUUUUUGUGAUAUAAUGCCAUUGCUUAAAUUAUCAUGUGCAGAUACUUACUUGAAUGAAGUUGUGCUCUUCAUUGCUGAUGUCAUUCUUGGUAUGUUUUGCUUCCUUCUUAUUUGCAUAUCAUAUGUCUUUAUCAUCAACACUAUAACAAAGAUACGUUCAACUAAAGGCAAACAGAAAGCUUUCUCUACUUGCGCCUCACACAUCACAAUAGUUUCUAUGUAUUAUGGUGCAGUGAUUUUUACCUACAUCCGUCCAAGAUCCAGUUUGUCUUUGGAAAAGGAUAAAAUAGUGUCUGCACUUUAUGCUGUAUUUAUACCCACUCUCAAUCCUAUUAUAUACAGCCUUAGAAAUAAAGAAGUGAAAGAUGCUUUUAAAAGGAUGGUCAGAGUAAUAGUUCCCAAAAUCUCUACUAUAAAGAUAAACAAAGUACAACUUACAUUGUAA